AGAAUAUACUGUAAAGUGAAUUCACUGUAUUUUGUGGGCACAAUGAACAUAUGAACAAGUAGAAAAGCACCGCUGUCUUCCACAGAUCAGUGCCUGAAAUCCAGCAAAUCCACUUGACCUUUGGAUAAUGUGUUGAACAAAUCAUUUUUAUUUCAGUGCAGAAUUUGCUGUUGGCCGUUAGCUUUAGCUGCUUCUUAAACAAUUUCCCUGGACAUAACUAGAGUGGAUUGAUUGGCUGAAAUCAGAGUUUAAUCCAAACACCCUUUCAAUGUAUGCAAGUAAGUGGCUUUACGGAGCAAAAAAAAAAAAAAAAAAAUAUUCUCCUGUCGAGACCUGUGAUUGAUCGGAUUUAAAUCUUGCCAAUCUCCGUUGUUGAGAUACAAUAUAAAUGACUCAGUUGCUCCUGUGAAUUUAAUCCAUAGCUUGGACAGGCGCCCAGCAUUCCAGCCAAGCAAGUGGCCUGUGCAUGUGCAACACAUGGCUGUGAUGCCAUCAGUGAGGCCCUCCCACCAUUCCCCACCCGGCUGUUAAUGCUGAGUGACAGCGAGUGGAUUCAUAAGAGGAGCACACGCUUUCUGAGAGCUCUCUAUGGUGGGGUCGAACGAGCGAGCCCUGGAACAACAGUCACUCUCUGCAGCUCCACGAGUUAUGUCACGCAAACUUUCUCUCUCUCUCUCUCUCUCUCUCUCUCGCUCUCAGUGUGAGUGAAAUCAAUCUGGCCAGUUGCUAGGUUUCCGAGGGUGUCCACUGUAAUCUGUCCCACGAGACUGAUCGCAAGCAAGAAUUGAUCUUUCUAGCGAAAAGGCUACGCAGGACUAUUUUUAGUUCGACUUUGCUGAGGGUUUGUUUACUUACAAAUGCUCACUUACGAUUGCAGCUAAUAGGGAAAGGUUACCCUGGGGGGCUUUACCGCAUCUAGGACUGCUUCCUGCAGCUUACAGAGCUGAACAUCUCCUGUCAUUUCCAAGUUGAGAACAAAAUAUGGAAUGCAUUUGCCUGCUGACAACCCUGAGCCUAACAGACUGCAUUAACACUACCCAGAAAUACAUUAGUUAGCAGUACAACAUCUCUGAACACUAUAAGCACUUUCACCGAAGAAACCAUUGUUUACGGAAACUUGAACUGAAGAUUUUUUUUUCUUUCCCCCCUCCGCUAAUUAAAACGCAAACAUGAUGCUGGAGAAUUACAUGUGGAUGGUAAUUUUGGGCUUUAUAAUUGCCUUUAUCCUUGCGUUUUCUGUGGGUGCAAACGAUGUGGCCAAUUCUUUUGGUACUGCCGUGGGGUCUGGAGUAGUGACACUACGUCAAGCCUGCAUUCUUGCUUCAAUUUUUGAAACUGCUGGUUCGGUAUUACUGGGAGCAAAGGUCGGAGAAACCAUCCGGAAGGGCAUCAUCGAUGUCGGCAUGUACAAUGGCAGCGAGCAAAUUCUGAUGGCUGGUGAAGUCAGUGCGAUGGUUGGCUCGGCUGUCUGGCAGCUCAUCGCUUCGUUUUUGAAGCUUCCCGUGUCUGGCACGCAUUGUAUUGUUGGAGCCACCAUAGGUUUCUCGCUCGUAGCAAUCGGUGCUCAUAGUGUUCGAUGGAUGCAACUUGUCAAAAUUGUUGCCUCAUGGUUCAUUUCCCCUCUACUCUCUGGUUUGAUGUCUGGCUUGCUUUUCAUCCUAAUAAGAUAUUUCAUCCUGAAUAAGGAAAACCCAGUGCCAAAUGGCUUGAGAGCACUUCCAUUGUUUUAUGCUGCUACUGUAGGAAUUAAUACCUUCUCUAUCAUGUACACGGGAACUCCAAUGCUUGGACUGGACAUUGUUCCUGCCUGGGUAAUAGCACUGGUCACCAUCGGUGCAGCUCUUCUGUGUGCAGUCAUCGUCUGGCUGCUUGUAUGUCCCUGGAUGAGGAAAAGGAUAGAAAGUAAAUUAAAGAAGCAAGGUGCACUGUCCAGGAUAUCAGACGAAAGCCUGGAUAAGAGCCAAGAUGAGGAAACGCCCGUGUUUAAAGAGCUGCCGGGUGCAAAAACAGCUGACGAGUGCGUGGUGCCUCUCACCAGCGGGGCUCCUGAGGCACCCGCCGGAGCAUCCGAGAGCCUCGUCAAUGGGUCAACUGGAAUCCCAUACGUAAGAGCUGCAUCCCUCACCAACGGCUGCCUGAAGUCGCCGGUGUCCAACGGUACGUUUAGUUUUGAAGGUCACACGAGGAGCGACGGCCACGUGUACCACACGGUCCACAAGGACUCCGGCCUCUACAAAGAUCUGUUGCACAAGAUCCACCUGGACCGGCUCACCGACGACCGUAUGCUGCCUGACAACUCUUACCGUCUCCUCCGCCGAAACAACAGCUACACGUGCUACACGGCAGCCAUCUGCGGCAUGCCUGUCCAGUCCUCCUUCAAAUCCUCGGACUUUGUCGGGGUGGAGGAUAACGAGAAGCUGGUGGGAGACGCUGUGACCUACUCCAAGAAACGUCUGCGCUACGACAGCUACUCCAGCUACUGCAAUGCCGUGGCGGAGGCUGAGAUCGAGGCGGAGGAAGGCGGAGUGGAGCUGAAGGUGGUGAGCGAGCUGAGCGACCCCCUACCGCCAGCUGAGGAGCCUCCGGAGGAAGAUAAAGAGGAGAAGGAAAAGCCGCAGGUCCACCUGUUGUUUCACUUCCUCCAGAUCCUCACUGCUUGCUUCGGAUCAUUCGCUCACGGUGGUAACGACGUGAGCAAUGCAAUCGGUCCCCUUGUUGCUCUCUGGCUGAUCUAUCGGGAAGGAGAAGUGCUACAGGAUGCCUCAACACCUAUCUGGCUGCUGCUGUACGGUGGCUUGGGCAUCUGUGCUGGUCUCUGGGUCUGGGGAAGGCGGGUCAUCCAGACUUUGGGCAAAGACCUCACCCCCAUUACACCUUCCAGUGGAUUCACUAUUGAGUUGGCUUCGGCGUUCACAGUUGUGGUUGCUUCCAAUAUUGGACUUCCUAUCAGUACCACACACUGCAAGGUCGGAUCUGUGGUUUCAGUUGGCUGGAUUCGGUCACGUAAAGCGGUGGAUUGGCACUUAUUCCGUAAUAUCUUUUUGGCUUGGUUUGUGACCGUUCCCGUGGCUGGCCUCUUCACUGCUGCUAUUAUGGCAAUUUUUGUCUAUGGUAUACUGCCAUAUGUUUGAAUUUUUUUUUUUAAAUGUGAUUUUAAAAAAAAUCUUAAGUAGUAGAUUGAGACCUUUCCUCUGUUCUCUUCUCCCAGCUCAGCUGUUUUUCUUUCACCCCCUCUCACACACACACACACACACACACACACACACUUCCCAUUUCAAGCUGAAUGAAGUGGUUAGAUUAGAAAUUAAUUCAGAUUACAUCUUCCACAUUUUAUUCUGUUCUGUAAAUAACACUAAGUGUGCUUAUUUUUGAUGACUUGGUGGUAUAUAUAAUGGUAAAAUCUUGUAUGGUGCAUUCAUGUCAAAGUAAAUGCUGCCAAAAUCUAAUAAUAUUUGUGGGGUGGGUGGUAUUGCCUAGAAAAUUUGCCUCCUAGUACCUAAGAUGCUGUAUAUAUUGUAUUAUUACCCAGUGGCAAAUUUUGUAUGGAUCUUUUUAAAAAAAUAUAUAUAUAGUGUGAUUUUAGUAGAGACUUCUAGCCUCUGAUGUACGAAUGCCCAACCACUAGUUUAUUCAUGAGGUGGGAUCCCAGAGGGGUUAAAAUAACAGUCGCCAGAAUGAGGAGACUUUCAUAGGAUGGGCUUCACGGACAACUUGAUUUGUUCAUAUAAUAUAAGCUUGACAGUUGUAUUAUAUUGUAAUUUCUAUUGUAAAUACUUUCUAAACAAAUCUUGGUUAUUGUGUAUUUUUUUUAAAAAUUGGGCUACAUUUCACUGACACAUUUCGGAUAGAAAACAAAAUUGAUUGUACCAAAGAUUCAGAAAGACAAAUUGACAGUAUUGGCACUUGUUUAUCAACACGUGUGUUUUAUAAUCAGGGUUCCUUCUCUAGUAUUGUGCCAGUGAGAUGUGAUGGUUCCUUUGAUUUCACUGAGAAGAGAUUUCUUAGCAACAGUACGCUGGAUUUUCCAUUCUCAUUCUCCCUCCUACUCCUCCCCACACCCCCAAAAAUAAUCUUAAAAUGGCAGUGUACAGCGCCACCAACCAAGUGAAUAUCUUGUUAAAAUAGUCUAGAUGUCUGUCCCAAUCAUUGCCUUGUCGUUCCGUAGUGUUGAGCAUGCAUGCUCUUAGUAACUGAUGUGUAGUCUCUGUAUAAUACCAAAUCCUCCCUUGGCUGCCAAUCACUUAAUAAUAAUAAUAAUAAUAAUCCUUGCCUUUGAUAUAGCGCUUUUCACGUCUUCUAGACGUCCCAAAGCGCUUCACAGAAUAUACUGUAAAGUGAAUUGACUGUAUAUUUGUGGGCGAACGCGGCAGCCAAUUGCGCACAGCAGCGUCCCACAAACAGUCAUGGAUUGAAAAUGACCAAUUUAUUAUUGUUUUUUUUUUUAUUUGGAGGGAUUAUUAUUAGUUGUGUGGAGUAAGGAAACUUGCCCAAGGUUUCGCCCUCUGCCUGGAAUUGAAUGGAAGUGUCUCACUUGCAAAGCGAGUGCUCUAACCACUGAGCUACAGGACUCCACUUCAUUCCUAUGAUGAUUAUUCUUUGGAUAUUGAAGAGAUAGAUUACAAAAUUAAAUUUGUAUAGUGUCGGGAGGACGUCCCAAGGCCCUGGGGAUGGUAUUGCAAUUGAGAUUGGAUCACAAUAUUUAAGUGAGGGGGAAAUGGUGUUACCAAAACUCUUUCAAAGCCAUGCAUCCAUCUAGUUCUAGUUCUAUGUUCUAGUUACUGUUAAAUUGUUUACUGUUUGUGCGGUAAACCCCAGCACGUGUCCAAACUAUUUGUAUCCCACUCCUUGGCACUUACCAUUCAUAACUUUGAUCAUUGGUGAUCCACGUGACCGCCAACAGGAUAAUUCCUAUUUCUCUGAAUCUCCAUACUGUGUCUUGUUGACGCUUUAUUUUGAAUCAAACAUCUAGUACCUGUUAUACCUCCAGUUCGUUUAAAGGGCAUUUGCAGUUCUGGCUCACGAUGAAUAGGUUAUUGGCUCAUGUGAAUGUAGGGAUGAUACAUUUAUUUAUAAUGAAUAUUUGAGCAGAUUCAAGAUUUGUGAAAAAAAAGAGAGAGAACUUUUCUUGGAGAUAUAACUGUUCAAAAAGUGAUUCUGUUUUUAAACUUCCGUGCUGCCCAGUGUCUUUUUUUCCACGAUUGCGGGAUGUGCAAGACUCUUUAAUGCUGCUUUUUAUGAGGCUCCUUUCUGAAGCUUUGGCAUUUAUUUUAAAUGCAGAUCAGUCUGCAACUGGUAUUUAAACAAAGCCUUUGGAUGUGUCUAGAAAUUCUACAGACCCCAACUGUAGGCAAGUGGAGAAGGACCCUCUUUGUUCUCUGUAUUACAGUAAUGUGUUGUUUCUCUCUUAAUAGUUUGUUACACUGUUCUAUUAUUUUGAAUUAAAAUCCCAUAGCGGAGGAGAAAAUAUUCUGUUCCUCGAGCUGCCAGUCCUCCUUUUAUAGACCAGAUUAACUUCAGUUACCCUCUCCCUUUACUGUAGUAAUACUGCUUGUAUCAUAUAGCAACAACUGACAAGUUUAUUUUCUGGUACUACCCCUUACAGUUGAAGUUGUCAUUCAUUUAUACUAAAAUGUAGGGAAUUUUUUUUAAAAAUCUGUUAAUGAAUCUUAUUAAAAUUUGUCUUACUAAA